AUGGAGGAUGAAGACCAGCAACUUGAAGUUUUGACCCUGCUGAAGCAUGGAAUACGCGAAUUUGGGUCGGUGUUGACACCACGAGAGCUUGAUACCAUUUCUGCGGCUUUCGACGCGUUAGUGUUGCGAAGCAACUUGAUAAUCGGACGACUACCGACAUGGUUUGUCGUACGCCCGCCGGACGGGGCGCGGAGGUCACGUGUUUACGACGGCGAGGAAGCUUGUCUAAGACAGGCAGCAGCGCUGUCAACGCUGCACAACCCCCACGUACGAAAGUUCUAUGGAGGGUGCCACGUUGGCUCCCCAUUUGUCUUGCACGAAGUAGACCAGCCGGGGCUAUUUAAGUGGUCUUUUUUCAGUGACUGCGCUCUUGGUCUGGAUUACAUACAUCAACGUGGGUUUGUUCACAAGGAAUGGAAGGAUGAAACAUUGCGCUACAAUAAAGAAGCAAAGCGAGGUAUGCUGAGUGGCAUGGAGUUGAUGAAGUUACAUGACCGGAAAAACGAGAAUGAUUCUUACCAAGCACUUCAAGCUGAUGUGGCGUCAUUUGGCAUGGUGAUUUUUUCCGCUUUGGCUCGUUCUCGUGGGUACAGUCGCCUUGCACGCGGCUCAGACCUCCCGUAUGAUAAACCGGCCUUUGUAAGUGAGGAGGAG